AGUUCUGUUUGCAAUUUUUGAUGGCAUAGGCGCGUUUGAUGAGAAGCCCUAGCGCAUAUGUAGCCAAAGAGCGCAGGCCGCCGGUCAGUUGCUCAUUGAUAAAUACACCAUACAGUGUGCGUACUGCAACUAGUCUCGUUCGUUUGUGGAUGCGUAAAGCGGUCUAGGAAGGAUUAUCUUUACAGGUACAUCAUACCGUGGUUCUGGAUGCAAGGCCGUCCCGAGACUCUUCACCGCUGAAGAUGGGCUGUUGCUUGUUUGCUAUAUGACGUAUUCCGCGAGUAGGUCGCGCCUUCCCUCAACGCGUCCGACACACGCUUUCACGCGCACUUACAGCUUCGCCUACACGCAUCUAAAAAGCUCACCCCACUAUGUCCAGCCUCGGGGUAUCCGAUAUCCUCGAGAGUCUUGGGCUCAAGGACCAGGGCACCUCUGGCUAUCAAGCGCGCGCAAUCUUUCACUAUGAGCCCCUUCUCAGGCUGUACAAACUUGAAAUUCCCUCGCUCUUUGGUCUUCUGCUGCGCAAUGAAGGAACCACCCUCAAUCGCGCUGAUCCGAGUCUCUUUCAAGUCGAACUCGACAAGAUGCUCGUAGAAUUUGGGCCUCUCAUCUGGCCCUCGCCCGGUCACGGUCCGAGAGACCAUCUUCUGAAACCAACGGAAGGCAGUCGGUACACCUCAGAUCUAAUAUAUCCCAGGGAUAAAGACGUGUGAGUUCUCUAUUUGUUGGUGAUUUUGCAGGUGCAGUCUACCCAUGCUCCAGAACGACACUGACAGGCAGGCCAAAGGUUAGUAUCCCAUUUGCGAAGCUUGAUCUUGAGCAAGCGCGCCAGAUCAAACGUCGAUAUCGAAGCCCUCAUAGAAAAGAGGCACAAGGACGCAAAACAUAGAGUCAUCCGCGCAGCAGAGGCAAAUCGCCUCGAUUCGCACGACAUAACGACCAGAGAGAAAGUCCCA